CACAGAAUCUUCGAUUUCUCUGAACAAUGGGUAGAGGUAUUGAAAGGAACAAUAAGAUCGCGGAGAAAAAGGAGAUCGAACAGAAAUUUGUUCGGUGACAAUGGAGAAGGCCACGUGUUCUUCGUGGAUCUAGAGAAGAGUCGUGCGAAAUUGCUUUGCCACCUUUUCUUCUCUCUCUCGAAAUCUCUCUCUGGAUUCUCUCCUCUCUCGUUUCUUAUUGGCAAACACGUGUCAUCGUCUUCGCUAAGCAAAGCUUCUAUAUCAGCGAUAUACGAGCCUGUCUCCCCUUCAUAUUCGUGCAAGGUCUCGCGAGUGUCGCACGCGUUCUUCUAUUCCUCUUGCUGGAAAAAGUUUUUCUCCUUUAAACAACAAUCUCGUUUUCCGACAGCUGAUCAAGAUGUUCACGGUUCAGCGAGAAGAAAGGAUCGAGUGAAUUUCGUAUCUUAAUUAGUAAUUGCUCGUUGAACCGAUCGCGAUUGACAGGGUUGAAGAGAGUACUUUGAAGUUGAAUAACUCUCUGACGGAAGAUGUGAUCGUGUUGGCGAGAUUUUUUUUAAUCAAUCGUUGCGUAAUUCGACUUUAAUUGCUCUGGUGAAAGUGUCCAAGUUGAUUGCAAUCAAUUGUCAGGUCGUGUGGUAUUUUAAGAGAACUGUGUCUUUUUCUUCGCUUUAUUUUGUGGUCGAAGGUUUCUUCAGGAUCCUUUCACGACAGGUUCAUUGCGGAGUGUCGUCGAACAGAGAGCUCCUCUCGAAGAAACAUGAACGAUCGAGAAAUGAAAAACUCGAAGAACAAUUUGAGCAACUCUGUAGGGCCAACAGAGACGACAGCUCUGAGACCAAAAUUGGAAAGUUUCGACGAUAUUCUACCAUACGUCGGUGAUUAUGGUAGAUACCAGUGGCUGUUGUUGCUUUCGUUGCUACCUUCCGGUGUUACGUACGCUUUCCUCUAUUUCUCGCAAUUUUUCAUCACGAUCAUUCCUAAUGAACACUGGUGCAGGAUAGAGGAAUUAAUCGAUUCGAAUUUCACCCAGGAAGACAGAAUUCGAAUAGCAAUUCCACAGACAAGCGAGUAUCCAUUCUACGAUCAGUGUCACAGAAAGGAUUUGAAUUUCGCGGAGAUCUUGAACAGCGGGAAGGAUCUACACUCGUUGGAAUUUCAAACGAAUAGAACCGUUGAUUGUACACGAUGGGAGUACAAUUUCACUACGAUUCCGUAUCCCAGUGUUGGAACUGAGCUAGAUUGGGUAUGCGACCGAGAGUACCUCGUAUCAACGGCGCAGGCGAUCUUCUUCUGCGGAUCCAUCGUCGGUGGUUUCCUGAUCGGUUGGAUAGCAGACCACAAAGGUAGAAUACCGGCGUUAAUGUUCUGCAACAGUAUAGCCCUUCUGAGUUCCAUCGCCACGGCAAACGCGAACAGCUUCUGGUCUUUUGCCACAUGUAGGUUUCUCACUGGAAUGGCUUUCGACAACUGCAUCAAUAUUCCUCUUAUAAUCGUAUUGGAAUACAUGGCGGUUUCCAAACGCACACUGGUGGUCAAUGUUGCUUUUGGUAUAUAUUUCGCAGUAGCCAGCACUAUUUUACCCUGGAUAGCUUACUACGUCUCCAACUGGAGGUACUUCACUUACAUCACAGCUAUACCUUUGUUAUCCGUAUUCAUCACACCAUGGAUUCUACCAGAGAGUGCACGGUGGUACGUUUCCAAUGGAAUGAUGGACAAGGUUGUGAGGAAAUUGCGAAGGAUCGCUAGGAUUAAUCGGAGGUAUCCGGAUCCUCGUAUUUACGACGUUUUCGUUGGAAACCUGGAGACUUCCGAAAGGCUGCACGAAACAGCAACAAUUUUUGACCUCUUCAAAUCACCCCGAUUAGCAAAAAAUACUAUUCUUCUAGUCUUAUUUUGGUGUCUUACCGUGAUCGCCUUCGAUGGUCACGUGUACUCCUUGAAGCUGAUCCAAAGCUCGGUGUUCAUGUCCUUCUCCCUUGCGUGCUCCACGGAACUUCCGGCAGGAUUGCUGCUGACUUUGGUGCUGGAUCGAUGGGGUCGUAGAUUAUGCGGAUUUCUAACCCUGGCGAUGACUUGUUUGUUCACUAUCGCCGAGCUGAUGCUGCACUCAACAACAGCCAAGUUGGUGAUGUCGGUGAUGUCACGUUUCUGUUUGAACAUGUCGGCCAACGUUGGACUUCAAUACGCGGCUGAACUUUUACCGACACCCGUUAGAUCGCAAGGAGUAUCCUUAAUUCAUAUUUUCGGAAUAGUCGCGCAUUCUUUGGCGCCAUACAUCGUUGAUUCGGCGAAACUGUGGGAAGGAUUUCCAAUGCUGAUAAUCAGCACGGUGUCAUUCGUUGGCGCGAUGUUCGUCCUCUUCCUACCGGAAACUGUCGGCCAGAGUCUUCCUCAAACGAUAAAGCAAGGCGAAGAAUUUGGGAAAGAUCAGCAUUUCUGGUCGUUGCCAUGUUAUCAGAAAUCGCCGUUCGAUGGUCAUCGACAUUACGGUUCUUGAGUACUUAAUUACUCAAUUUGCAUUUCUUACUUCGAUGAAAAAUACUUCUGAAGAAAAGUCGCGUUUCGUUGAAGCGAAAUCAGCGUGAUUCGAUACGGGAAAAUCAAUCACGUUAUAUCGUAUUCCUCACAUUUUUUAUUAUGUAUUUUAAUUGUUCUAAGUCUUAUUGCUAAUUCUAUCUCGUGAUGGGCGUGCCAAGAAUGCCUAGAACUCGUGUUCCUAUAUAGUUUCUUUUUUAAUUAUUUUAAGUCUCUCUUCAUGUUUUUGAUUCAUUUUAAUAUUAAGGCUAGUUAUUCGUUUCGUGAUACGCACAGCAAAGUUUUCAGCAGUUGGUUUGAUUCUUUAAUGAACUCAUUUUUUCUUUACUUUUCUUUUGUAGUAUUUUAGCCAUCGACCAUCUGUACUUAAAAACAUCUUCUUCUUCUUAACCGUAUCACAAAUCUUGUUGAACUGAAGCAAAUUCAAUGCAAAUUUUGUUAAAAUUGUUUUUCAAGACUUAACUGCUGUUCUUUUUUUAUCCACAGUUAAACUGUGUGUAGUUUCUAUAAUUUAGGAAGAUUAGAAAGGAAUUAUCAUAAAUUGUGCCAUCAAAUGACGAUCAGUGUUCGUCGUUGUAUCAAAUAACAACGCUAUCAACUGAAAAAUA